GUGGCUCGAGCAGCCAUGUUUAUUACGGGCAUCACCAAGAGACAUUGAGAAAAACUGUGAACUCCGGUGUCAUUCAGAUAGAGGCUUGCUCACACAGUGAUGGAGUCACAGGGCCCCCGGUUAGAUGUGGGGCCCCCAGCAAACCCAGUCCCCGGGAGAUGUAGUUACUUUGUGCAGAGGAAGAGGAGGUUCUGUAAGAUGGUUGUGUCCGAGGGGAAGAGAUUGUGUGGGGAACAUGCCCAGCAUGGGGAGGAGCAAAACAGUCGGAAGCGUAUCCCUUGCCCUUUGGAUCCCAAGCACACAGUGUAUGAGGAUCAGCUCCAAAAACACCUUAAAAAAUGUAACUCCAGAGAGAAACCACUGCCGGUGUUUUAUAUGCACAAUGUGAACGCUGGAUCACUUGAUAGAGUCUCAUGUGAAGAGCAGGUGGCCAUCAGUUCCAUGUCCCAAGAAGAUCUUCACAAGUUUAUAGAGAUACUGGUACAAGUCACAACUGGACUGAACACUCCAUUACCAGACAAGAAACUUAGCCACUGGGCAUUACAAGAAGCCUUAAAUGAUCCUGUGAAUGGAGAGUCUGCUGCAAAGCACUUAAAGCAACAGGCUUCUAUUUUGGGUCACUUGGACAGUUUGGGUUUGCUAGGAGGCUCUCGAUGCUUUGUAGAAUUUGGUGCAGGACGUGGCAAGCUGUCCCACUGGGUGGACAUUGCUUUACAAGAUGCUGAAAAUGUUCAUUUUCUUUUGGUGGAGAGAGCUACUACAAGAUUUAAGGUAGAUGGGAAGCAGAGAAAAUCAACUUUUGAGAGGCUUCAUAUUGACAUUCAGCAUUUGUGCUUAGAUAGGGUGCCCAGCCUUGUUCAGAAGCAACUUCCAGUCAUUGGAAUUGGAAAGCACCUGUGUGGAGCUGGGACAGAUCUGGCAUUGCGUUGUCUUGCACAGACUUACUCUUCUCCAUUGGGAGAGCCUCAGUGCAAGCGUCCAAGACUAAAUCCCACUGGGGACAGUUCAGAUGAAAAAGAGAGCAGUAACUCUCCACUAAAUCAAUACAGCCCUGUGGAAGGAAUCGUUCUUGCUUUAUGUUGUCACCACCGAUGUGACUGGCAAUUCUAUGUAGGCAGAGACUUUUUCGAAAAUCUAGGCCUCGGGCAGAGAGAAUUUAACAUUUGUCAGCGCAUGUCCAGCUGGGCAACGUGUGGCUUCCACAGACUAGCAACUGAUGCUGGUAAGAAGAAUGACCAAGAGGAUGAGGAAGACAAUAAAGAUGAGCAGAAUAAUUUAGACUGUAAUUCAGAGACCAUCCAACGGUUUCUGACUGUGGAUGAACGUGAGCAUUUGGGACGUCUCUGUAAGCUCCUGAUCGACCAAGGACGUCUACAUUACUUGCAAAGCAUGGGAUAUAGACCAACACUACAUUAUUACACGGACCCUGAGGUUUCCUUAGAGAAUGUUCUACUUGCAGCCUUACCCUAACAGCAUAAUUGAAUGCUGGAAGCUAGUUGCUUGGUUUAUAGUUGACAUACAGUGCAGAAAUGAGUCUACAGAGAUGAGUAUGGAUUACGAGUAUUUUAAACCCAUCCAGAUCAACAUGUCCGAGACAUAGAAUUGAGAGAUUUACCUCAACCUAGUCCUGAAGUGGAAAAUCAGGACAUAAAGCUGUUUUAUUAUUUUUUUUUAGGGUUUUUUUUUUUUUUUUUUUGUGACGCGUAUGAUACAUUUUGAUAAUAGCUUGCAAAGGAGAUUUAGUACUCCACCAGUACAGACUAUAAAUAAACCUGAGUCCUUUGCUCUUCAUGAGGUUUUCCACACGUAAUCAGACUUCUGAUAAUCAGAUAUUUUUUGAUUAACAGCAUUUUGUCACUGGAUACAUUUGAACACUGCAGGACCUCUCACGGACCAUUCUGACCUCAGAUUCAGAGUUUAUCUUGUUAACUUCUCAUGAAGUGUCAUCUUCGUGUAAAUUAUUAGACCUUGAAUUCAAACUUUUACUGGAACACUUGCUCCGUUUUGCCUGUUCCUUAUUUACCAUCUUUUAAUUUCACAUUUUCAGUUCCAUCUUAUUGGAUACAGUCUGUGUUUUCUGAAAGAGAAUACAGCUGUUAGUUUGAUUCCCCUGAAAAUCGGUAUUUAAUUUAUGUUUUUAUUACUGCUAAACAGAUGUUAUGACCUAUGAGUUACUUUUAUACCUGGAAAUUUUAAAGGAGCACACAAUUUUUAAAAUAGAUUUACAUAACUUUUUCCAGCGCCGUCGGUCUUGUUUACCUCUCUGCCUCCUGCAGCAUGAUUGCAUAUGACGGCCACGAGAGGUGAUUUAAACAUUUCAGUUUCUGAAAAAAUGUGCAAUGUUUUACAUUGCAGGCUUAAAGCUAAAGGACCACUGCAUCGAGACCACCUCGUUGUGAUAAAGUAGCCUGGGUGACUAGUAAUGUGAGUUUUCUUUUACAUUUGGAUUUACAAAACGUUGGUUUUGUUUUUUUAUUUGAAAUAAAUUAAGCCUUAUAAGUUU